AUGCUUUCAAACGGGUCCAGCUUUGCUCCGCCCAAGCCAUUACCAGGGCAAUCCAUCAAGUUCCCGAAAGGUCGCAAAAACGGCGUGGCACGCAGGAAUCUUGCGCGUACACAUACGCAGGAAGAGGACUUGGGUCGAGGCCCCUUCACCCCUCCUUCCCACUACGAUAUUCAUUGGAGCCGGAUGGAUGUCAGUGCGUAUCUGGCUCAGUGGAAAGCAAAGGGGUAUCUGGAGUUGAGGCCGGAGAAGCUAAGGUGGCAACCCUUCUUGUUGUCACGAUUCAAAAAGAUCGAUCAGCCUGAUGAGGGUGGUUUGGCCGACGUGGAAAACACUCCUGCCUUGGCUACUGCUACCGCAAACGAUCCUCUCCCAGUGGACGAGGCUACACAGGUGUCGGCAUCGGCUGAACCUGAAGAAGAUGCAUUGCCCGCAUCGCCGGCUGCGACGCGACGCUCUUCACGCUCGUCUAUCAAACAACCAACUCGUUCACCCGAAGUUGUUCCCCUCCGUCGCUUACGCAGCCAAGGACACCUCGAUGCGGACGUCUCGCCCAUCUACGAACGCACGAAUGGCACGCCACGAUUGCGUUCGAGCGUGAGCCCGUCAAAACCUCCUACCGUACGCACGCGCUCGUCGAGCAAUCGUCCUAUUGUUUCUUCAACUGCCACGCCAUUCAUAUCGACACGUGCACAAGCGAAGAAGGAUAGCUUUGACCAGGAUGCGGCAUUAGCCGCGCAACUCGCCAUGGAGGAAAGUCUUCCCAUACGGAUAUUGAGAUCGAGGUCAGGAACGGCCCAGGUGCUGCGCUCUACGUCGGUGAGCAGCAGGAUCCCAACGCGGAAAAGAAAGCGGAUCGACUCUUCUCCAGAGAUGGAUGAUGAUGUUGACAUUUUACCGUCCCUCAAUCAUGCCACGCCUGACAAUACGCCCCAACAGCCAGGGCUGAACGGGACCGGGUCGACUGCCGAGGACGACUCGCCCAUCUCAUGCUCGAGCGUUAUUGCCGAUGUCGACGUUCACGUGCAUCAGUCAGAUCAGGGCCUUCCUCCAGCGGACCCCCAAUCUGCUCCCGUGUUGGAUUCUCCAAUGGAAGACAUGAAGUCGGACCCAGACUCUGGGACGCCAUUCACAGUCACUGGUGCCAGUCGGCAGAGUGCCCCGAGCGACGACACGGUCUUCGUUGUUGAGGUCGUGGGGAGCGCGAAGGAGGACAUCCUCGUUGUGGACAUGCAGGUGGACGCAGACGCUGAUGCUGAUGCUGACGCAGAUGCGGACCCAGACCCAGACCCAGACGUGGACGUAAUUAUCAAAUUAGACACGACCUUGGACAACAAACUGAAUGGUGACGUCGCGGGUGUUGAUCCGCAUCCUUCCAGUCCACAAGUUGUCUACGCCGCUGCAGUAGUAGGUUUGGAACCUUCUAAGGGUGCUGCCAUGGAUGUGGGUGGGGAUCUCGAUGCGGAAGCUGACGCUGAGGGGGAAGAUGAUGAUAUGGACGCUGAGGGUGAACCGGAUGAUGGGCUAUAGGUGCAUGUAUACAUAUCACUCAUCCCGUAUGGUAGUACUCUUUAUACCGCUUGUUUGGUGUAACUUUUAGAAUUGCCUUGUGUAUCCGUUUGUUUUGCUGUCACUAUCACUUACACAGCUAUGCUUUGCAUUAAUCUGGUUCAGGCAUGUGUUGCUUUUACCUAUCCCAACCGCAGUCGGCGUCUUUGACCUCGGUCGAUCGGAAAAUGGUGGUCAAAUUUACAACUUUCUGUAUACUCCACUUACAUGACAUAAAGCAAUUCACAUUAUUCAAGUUAC